AUGCACCCAUUCUGCAGUUUGCUGGUCGAUGUUCCAGCAUACGCCAAGACACCUGAUUUCGAGGCUUGUCGAGAAAGGCAAGAGCCAAGACACCAGCCGGGCAAUUAUCACUUGGCAGCUGCUUAUCAGGAGAAGAGGGGCCACCUGCAUUCAGGCACAAUUCGGAUGCAGGAUGCAGGACAAUCUAUGAAGCCGCUGGAAGCCGUUGUGAAUAGUGUCAGGAGUAUGACAGCCGGUAUUGGAAUACAGACAAACACCCUUGCCCGCUUGCGUUUCCCCUUCGUAUUCAGAUUGGCCUCCCCAUGGGGCUCGCUAAUCUUGCCGAAGUCCAGAUGAGAAAGCAGCCAUCACUUUCCGUUUUGGUGCCUUUUCUCUCUAGAAAUGUACUAGUUAGCAUGGAAUCACUCGUAUUGCUACAAGCGAGAGAACCGUAUUCAGAAAUGCAACCACUCUACUUCAAACUAUCAAGUUCUAUGACAAAUCACAGCAAUUUGACUCUUGUUGAGGGUUUAUAG